AUGUCCCAACCAAAAACGACGCCCGGUCGGGACGUCGCAGUCGCUGGAGACUGCGCCACGGAGAAUGUCGCAGCGGCUGAAGCUGGAACGGGCAGGCUGCCCGCCGCCCAUUUGAAGCCGAUGCAGGGAUGGAGCCUGUGGCUCACGCUGGCAUGCCUCGGACUGGGUCUCCUGCUCUCGAGCCUGGAGACGACGAUUAUCGGAACGGCCUUGUUGUCGAUUUCGUCGAGCUUGGGGGGGUUUGACAAGAGCAACUGGGUCGUGACGUCGUAUCUCAUCACUUACACGGCCUUUUUGGUUGUAUGGGCUCGCGCGAGCGACUUGGUAGGGAGGAAGACGACCCUGAUUCCCGCGCAGCUCAUCUUUACCUCGUUUUCCCUCGCCGGCGGUCUAAGCCAGACGAUGAAGCAACUCAUCGUCUUCCGCGCCUUCCAGGGCCUGGGCGGCGCAGGCCUGUACAGCCUGGCCAUGACCGUCAUGGCCGAGGUGACGCCCGUCCAGCACAUUGGCGUCACCUUUGGCAUGAUGAGCGCCAUCUUUGCCACGAGCAGCAUCCUCGGCACGAUCCUCGGUGGUGUCAUUGCCAACUCGACGACCUGGCGAUGGGUCUUUUACCUCAAUCUUCCUCCCGGAAUCAUCUGCCUCGUCGUCGUCAUCUUCGUCUUCCCCGUCAACACAGGACCGCUCCCGCGCACGUGGCGCACCCUCCAGGGCAUCGACUUCCUCGGCGUUGCGACAUUCCUCGGCGGCUGCAUCCCGCUCAUCUUCGCCCUCGAGUCCGGCGGUGUGCACUACAGCUGGAACAGCGCCGUCGUCGUCGCGAACCUGGUCGUCGGCGGCGUGUGCUUCGCCGCCUUUGCCCUGUGGCAGUGGUACGUCGACCGGCGUCCGCCCAACCAGAACCUGCUGCCGCUCUUCCCGGUGCGCAUCGUGUCGCAGCGAACGGCCGGCCUGAUAAUAUCGUCCGCCUUCUUCUCGGGCUUCCCCUUCAUGGCCAUGCUCAUCUUCCUGCCGCAGCGGCUGCAGGUACAAAACGGCCUGAGCCCCAUGCAGGCCGGCAUCGACAUGCUCGCGCUGCUGCUGCUGACGGCAACGGGGUCGGGCAUCGGCGGCAUGGUGUCGGCGCGGGCCCGGGUCAAGGGCAUGGCGUGGUACAUGAUGGCGGGCGCCAUCCCGCUACAGAUCGUCGGCCUCGGGCUGCUGAUGACGCUGCCCGACGGGGCGAGCGCGGUGCCGGCGCGGCAGUACGGCUUCCAGGUCCUGCUGGGGCUCGGGUUCGGCAUCGCCAUCAGCAGCCAGACGAUUGCCGUGAGGCUAGAGGUCAACCACCGCGACACUAGCGUCGUCACGAGCGCCAUCACGCAGGUCCGGGUCCUCGGUGGCCUCGUCGGCAUCGCCAUCGGGCAGAGCAUCAUCUCCAGCCGGCUGAGCUGGCAGGUCGGCCCCGUCCUGGGACGCGAGAAGCUGGGCGAGAUCCUGACGUCCAUCAACCGGGUCAAGCAGCUGCCGGCCGAGGAGGCGGCGCUGGUGCGGCUAUCGUACGGGCAGGCCAACCUGACCAUGUACAAGGCGAUGCUGGGGUUCGCCGUCGUCGCGCUGGCGUCGUGCCUGGCGGCGUGGAAGCCCGGCUUUGACAGCAUGCUGGACGCGGAGAGCAGGCACCGGGAGCUGCAGCACCAGGAGAGCAGCGACGGCAACCGGUCCGAGACGACGACGGAGGAGAAGCCUGGCCGGCCCUGA